AUCAUUAUUAUAUUAUCUGAGGUUGACAGUCAGAAACAGCAUGUUUUUCUGAUUACUUAGCUAGGCAAAGUGCACUGUAGUUCACCAGGAAAUGUGUGUUUAUGUGUGCUUUCCAUGGCCCUUGUCUGCUUCUCAUUGUUUAAACACUUUUGUCUACAAUAGGUAGGGAAAUAUUACUGUAUUGGUCCUAGCCUGAAGUGAAUGAAUAUUCAACAAUCUGUCUGACUUGACAAGCUGUCCUGAAUUCAUUUCAUUUAGUGAUAUUCUAAGUCAUGUGACAUUUAUAAAGGUGAUGUGUGCUCAUUUAUCUGCUUUAUAAACACUGGACUGUCUGAAUUACCUGCAGCUUUACCAAGCCAGGAUUAUCACUUGCCAGGGCAUCAUUAUGCACAAUCUGAAAUAUGAGGAUAAUCACGUCUGAGGGGCUGUAGAAAUUGAUAUUUCUGCUCUCCUGAGUAUGAGAAAAUAAAACAACACCUUCUCCAGGGCACUAAGGAUGGUCACAGCAAGACUCAUUGUUUUGCUAGCAAUCGCCACACUCUGCAGCAGCAGUAGCCAGGAGAUAUGUCCAUCUGUCUGUGAUUGUCAUUUUACAUAUCAUGUGACUGUCAACUGUUCAAGCAGAGGAUUGUCAGCCAUACCUCCACACAUCCCCAAAAAUGUUUCCCAUCUACUUCUGGAUAGAAAUAAUCUGACCGGCCUUAGGCUACCCUCUCUCCCAAGUCUUACAGUGCUGGAUGCCAGUGACAAUGUCAUCAGGGAGGGGGCCAGUGACUUAACUCCCACACCAAAUCUUCUGCAACUAAACUUACACGGCAACAGAUUAACACACUGCCCAAACUUACAACACUCCAGAAUAACUUGGCUGGAUAUCUCAGGAAAUAACAUAGAAGGUCUCAAUGCCAGCCAGUAUCAUUCAUCUAACCUGAUGUACCUUAAUGUCAGUCACAAUCCCUUAAGAAAUGUCCUCGACCAAUUUUUUGAAUAUUUGCCAGACUUGGAGAUUCUGGACACGAGUAACACCUCUGUACCCUGGAACAGUUACCUUUCCUUGGAAAAUCUUCCAAAGCUAAAAGAAGUUUACUUGAGAAAUAACAUGCUGAAAAAGUGCUCUGACGUCUUGUCAAUAAAUUCUAGUCAAUUAGAAAUUAUGGAUCUCAGUGAUAAUAACAUAAUCUACCUGAAAAAUUGUACAUUCCACCAAUUGCCAAAUCUUAGAGAGCUUUAUUUAGAUGGUAACAAUAUCAGUGAACUAUCUGAGGACAGCUUACAAUCAUUGCCAGCGUUGCAAGUGCUUUCACUAGAUAGAAAUAUUAUAGCAACAAUUGAAAAUCCUGUCUUUCAAUCCUUGUCUAGUCUACAGAAGUUAUCCAUUAGCAAUAUGCGACAUUUAUUUCAUCUUGGGAAAAAGGCUUUUGUUGGACUUACGGAGCUGAAACAUUUAGAGUUGAGCAAUAACCCCCUGUUGUCCUAUAUCUCAGAGGAACUUUUAAGUGAGAUGAAAAAUUUAGAGAGUCUCAACCUGAGUCGAAACAACAUAUUAACCCUUGCGAAGCCUGCAUUCCCACCACUGUCAAAUCUCCUCCACAUUGAUAUAUCUGGGAAUUCUCUGGCUUGUGACUGCCACAUCGAAUGGAUCAGUAAAAUAUUAAGGGACAAUGACUCUGUGAUCACAUUUACUAAUCCCAACAACUUGACUUGCACUUUAAACGGAUCAAGUGUAUUGCACCUCAUUGUACUUGACGAAAACCUUAGCUGCCCACAAACAAGUCUACAACAUGUUGACUCAAGAGUGGAUUUUCAAAUAGGAUCUUCAGCAAGAUUAUACUGUCCGCAUCAAGGCGAUCAACCACCUAAAUUAACCUGGAUCACCCCGAGAAACAUCCAGCUGGUUUAUUACAACACCCACACGUUGGCCCAGAGGAAUUAUCCCUCAAUAGCUGAUGUCCAAUACAACGGAUCAUUCCAUAAAGAUCACUACUGGCACACAACUGUUGGAUAUUAUCCGGAACUUUCAGAACAUCCCAACAGACUUGUUAUUCUUCAGGAUGGAUCGCUUUAUAUUGACUAUGUCUUGCGUAUUGACUCAGGUCCCUAUCGGUGCAUUGUGGAGACACCCCAAAACAAAAGCACAUCACAGAUUCUGCUUCGACUGGACUACAAAGUGCUGAUGGAGGUGAAGAUUUUCAGUUUAUUUGUUGGACUUGGUUGUGCUGCCUCAUUCUUCAUGCUUAAUCUGAUUUACGUGUUCAUCGCUGCAGCAGCAAGAAAAUGCAUCAGUCAACGCAGGCGAGAGGCUAUCAUGCAGUUCUUGGAAAACUUUGACCAAUACAAAACAAACAAACUGUCAUCUCUUCGUGAAAACUACAACAACCAAGGAGCACGGAUACGAGAAACAUACCAAAAUCGCAUGACCAAGCUUCGUGAAAAUUACAAUACUCAAAUGACCAGAUUACGUGAAGGAGCAUCUCACAUCAAAGAGGGCACAACACAUCGAGUGGACAUCAUAAAAGACAAGUACCAAAUCAAACAGCGAAAACUUCGGGAUUACAGCUCUCAACAGCUGCAUCAACUGCGCGAUACGUAUAACUCUCAACUAUUAAAGGUGCGUGACUAUGGAUCUCUUCAGUUGGGCAAAAUACAUAAAAAAUACAAACUCAAACAGAAACAUAUGAUCAAAUUGCUAGACACAUUAAACAUUGAUAACUGUCGAACAGUCAUCGAGAGUGAGUGCAUUCGGACUGAGUCCAUGUUGUUUGAGACUGAAGACAUUCUCUGUACUCCAGAGUCGAGAUCAUUAUGCUCAGAUGAAUAUAUCACAGCGAGUUCUAAUAACUCGUCAAACAAUGCCAGUCAAGAAAACUUACAAGGUUCUGGUCCCACUGACAUGCAGUAUCAAAUGGAUAAUGGAAAUAUUAUAUUGCACAAUUGCCUUGAUCAUGAUAGCAUUGAUGAAGAUUCUCACGAUGGACUUGAGAUGUUUCCAGCUCGCUCAGAAGAAAAUGUCGAUCAGACUCAAGUUACAAUUCAACUUGGUGCAGAUAUUGAAAAUGAGGAGGAUGAAACUAUAGCUCAAAGUAUGGUGUAGUUACUAUGUGCAAUUGUUUUCUCUACAAAAGUUUAGAUGUAUUAUGAUUCUUUUGUUGCUGUUGAUUGUCAAAUGUCAUUUUAAUAUCGUGCCCAUAAAAGGGGCUGUUCAACUCUGCUGUGCUGAAAUUCUAAUGUAUCACCCAAUACUGGAACAGAUUCAAAGUAACGAAGAAAUCAUCCCCCUGUCAUAUAUGUACACAUCAAAAUUGUUUACCACUGAACCUAGCACAAAUACUUUUAAUUUAAAAAUGAGCAUCUUGACCCAACAAAAAAAUCAAAACAAGAAAACUUGUAUUCAUUAAGUGAUUGUUUUCAUUACAUAAUGUGUUCACACAAUAAAUCAGCAACAUAGAUUCUUCUAGUCUAUAGAGGAGAGUUUGUGGAGUUCUGCAAGUCACAAUUUAUUGUUGUUUACAUGAAAAAUAAAGUAUUUGUUUACAAAC